CUAAUGGCACAGAGACGGUGGCCAGGAAGCAGCCAGACGGUACUUACCGUCUCUACGGAUUCAAGUGGUUUACGUCAGCUGCCGAUUCUGAUGUGACACUAACCCUGGCCAGGGUAGCGGAUGCUGAAGGACAAGUAACUCAGGGUUCCAGCGGCCUGUCCCUGUUCUUCCUGAAGGUUCGAGAUGAGGAGGGGAAGCUGAACGGCAUCCAGGUGCAAAGGCUGAAGGACAAGCUGGGCACACGGCAGAUGGCAACAGCAGAGCUAUGGCUGGAUGGAGCCGAAGCAGAGCUGAUCUCUGCAGAGGGACGUGGAGUGGCCUCGAUCUCCAACAUGCUGAACAUAACUCGGAUCCACAACGUCAUCAGCGCAGUAGCUUCCAUGAGAAGGAUGAUCACUCUGAGCAGGGAGUAUGCCCGCAGGCGGGUUGCCUUUGGGAAGCUCCUCAAGGACCAUCCCCUACACAUGCAGACGAUAGCCCGGAUGGAGGUGCAGACACGAGGGGCGUUUCUGCUGCUAAUGGAGACCGUUCGCCUGCUUGGGCUUGUGGAAGCCAACAUGGCGAGUGAGCAGGACCAGCUUCUCUUGAGACUGCUGACACCAGUCGCCAAACUGUACACCGGGAAGCAGGCUUCUGCUGUUGUUGUUGAGGCAAUGGAGAGCUUUGGAGGACAAGGUUACAUGGAGGACACGGGCUUGCCAGUCAUGGUCCGCGAUACCCUGGUGCUGUCCAUAUGGGAGGGAACAACAAAUAUCCUGUCGCUGGAUGUCCUGCGAUCCCUCACCAAGAGUCAAGGACAGGCGCUGGCCGUGUUCUUCUCCACAGUGCAGCCAGACCUGUACGGCUGGCAGAGCCGCGCCGUCCGCCUCUGCCUCCCCCAGCUACACCCGGCAGGACCCGAGCAGAUCACCGUGCAGGAGGGAGAACAGCAGCUCCGCAGCCCCUCGCGCUCAGACACAGCGGAGGAC